AUGAUUUCCCCCAAGUACUCAUUAACUCAUUACUACCUAGGUCUCAAUACUUUGUCAAUGGCCAAAAGGGCUCCUCACAUUGUCAAUUUGUAUCUCGAUUAUACUUGCCCAUUUAGUGCAAAAUUGUAUCUCAAGUUAUUCAACACAGUUAUCCCCUACUUACAAAAGAAACAUCCAGAUGGGUUUCAAUUUGUCUUUGUCAAUGCACUUCAACCAUGGCAUCCAAAUUCUAUUCUAUUGGGAGAGUUUGCGUUAGCUUAUGCCAAGUUGUUGCGUGAAAACCCAAGAGGUGAUGAACAUGAAUCGUUUUGGAAUUUUAACAAAGUUGUAUUUGAAAAUCAACAGCAAUUUUAUGACAAUGCUAAUAUAAAGUUGAACCGGAAUGAGAUCUACGAGCAGAUAUAUGACGUUGUCUCUAAGAAGCUUGAUUUGCAUGUGAAUAAAGAGAAAUUAUUGUCUGAGCUUAAGAUUAAGGAAGGAGGUGGUGAACCAACAAACGACGGCAAUGGAGCAACUGCUGAUGUCAAAUACUUCACAAGAUAUCAAAGGACUGUUGGUGUUCAUGUCACACCCACGGUGACAAUUGACGGAAUAGUGGACAGUUCCGUCUCCAGUGGUUCUAGUGAAGAUGAAUUGGUUCAAGUGUUUGAGAGUAAGUUGUAG